UGAAGCUGCGGUAGAGACCGAGUAAUAGCUACUUACGUGUUAGCUGGCUAGCCAACGUCAGGUACUGAAAGGUCUAACGCUGGCUUCUUGACGAAACAAAGUCAAAUGCAAAAAUUGCCAGUUGGCAAUGGGAAUGUUCAGUUGUAACACGACUCGCGGUAACAAGCGGAGAAGUUAACACCCACAGCAGUUACGUUGGCUUAACUAGCUGGCCAGUCAGGUUGCUAAACUGUCUACCCGAUACUAAAACGUUUCUCAGCGCAAUUUUGUGUUUUAAUAGAUCACAACGUGCAAAAAAAGAACUAACCGUAAAAUAACACUUCACUUAACGGUUUAGUUUCAACUUCUCUGAAGCAGUACUUCGUCAGUGACAGUGCUGUCAGAGACCUGGUGUAGACCAGUUUUCGUCGAGUACACUACAAUUAGGGAGCUAAUUUAGCUAGCUGAGUUAUAUGUUUACUAACUAGCGAGCAACAACGUAGUUUUGCGAUAUCUGUUCUGCAGGAAAGCACUUCCUAAGGAAGUUAAUAUAAGCUCCCUGGACAUGGACCAUCAUGGAGAAAUUUCCUCCUGGUUUACACACCCUGUGUACUCGCGGUACUGGCAGCACUACCAGCAGGCCCUGGCCUGGCAGCAGAGACACAAGCAGGCCUACAGAAGAGCCCUGGAAGCCUUUGCCUCCCCGCCCUUUCUUGGGCCGGGCACUGCUUCCCAUGCUCACUACCCAGACUGGCACCUGGCAGAGGGGGCCGACACAGAGGGAGAGGGGAGCGGGCUGGUGAUGACCUCUGACCCCCUGCUCAGUACAGACUGGUGUGCCCCCAAGAGUUGCACAGACCAGGUGGACACGGACUCUGACAGUGAGAUUGAGUGCGACGUGAGCAACAUGGUGAUCACGGACGAACUACGGCAGUACUUUGCUCAGACGGAGCGGCACAGGGAGGAGCUGAAAAAGCAACAGCAGAUGGAGGCAGAGCAGGAGAAUGCAUACGUGCUGGCCGAUCAGGAUCUGCACAGAGUGUCCUGGUGUAGUUCGCUGCCGCCGGCUGAAAGGCCGGGGGAGCGGCGUGGGGCAGAGAUGAAAAAGCUGUACGGGGAAAAUGCAGCAAAGAUCAUGGGCAUGGAGACUGCCAUGCAGCUGAACUUUGACAGAAACUGUGACCGCAAGCAGCCCAGGUACUGGCCUGUCAUCCCCCUGAAGCUGUAGCGCUACACAAGCAGUACACGCAAACAUGUUCAGUGGCACUUACCCCAUCUGAGUCCCAGUCACCGUGGUCCAGAGGUAAGGAUGGGCAUGAAAAAACAACUGCCAGUCCUAAGGAAAGUGUCCAUUCCCUGAGAUGCCAUGCAGAAAGAGAAGGGGUUCAAACCCAGGCUCUGCUCAUCAAUGGUCUGAUCUUGUCGUGUUUCUAUGGCUCGUUUGUACAGUGCAUUCAUUUUCAAGUCUCAUUUGUUCUCAAUGGACAUAGUCCUUAUUGAAGCAACAUUAAGUAUUUUUUAAGAUUCUUUUCAUAUGACUGUUUGCUUGGCUGGCUAAGAUCUUGAAUAUUGUGGCGAUACUCUGCACAUGUCAAAUGUGCUGAAUGGUA